AUGGCUUUGGUCCUGCUGCUUCUUCAGCUUCUGUUCUUACGGCCAGCAAGUGCGAAAUCGUCGAACAUGUCAAUGACAAUGGCAAGGCCUGGAUGCCAGGAGAGAUGUCGAGACGUAACCAUUCCCUACCCAUUUGGGAUCGGUGACUCAAACUGUUAUAAGCAAGGCUACAACCUGACUUGUGAGGAAGGAAAACUGUUCAUAGAUACAGGAAAUAAUCGUCAACAAGUGUUAGAAAUAUCGCUAGGAGGCCAAUUACGAAUGUACGCUGCCAUCAGUUACAAGUGCUACUCAUCAGUCCAUGAAUCUGAUCGACGAGAUUCGUUCACUUCGAUCAUUAAUUUGCAAUCUUUGCCUUACACAAUUUCCGACACCAGUACCAGAUUCAUGGCUAUCGGGUGCGACACCAUCGCAUCCAUAAAUGGCUUCACCUCCAGCAAUCGAAACUCCACAGUCGGGUGCAGCAUGCUUUGUGGUGACAGAGAGAGCGUUGUGAAUGGCUCAUGCUCGGGCAUAGGUUGUUGUCAGACGUUCAUCCCGAAGGGACUCAAGAAAAUGAACUUGGAGCUGGGGACCAACAACGCCCACCGUGAGAUUAUGGAGUUCGAUUGGUGGUGUGACUAUGCCUUGCUCGUUGAGGGAAACUGGUAUCAGUUCUCAAUGGCGGAUCUCGAACAUUUUCAUUUAGGCGAGAAAGCUAGCGUAGUUCCAGUAGUGCUCGAUUGGUCGAUAGAGAAUUAUACUUGUGAAAACAUUUCAAGAGAUGAUCCCUCUUUUGCAUGCGGCAAGAACAGCGACUGUGUUAACUCUCCCAACGGGCUUGGAUAUAUUUGCAACUGUUCUCAAGGUUACAGAGGCAACCCUUAUCUGGAAAACGGAUGUCAAGAUAUAGAUGAAUGUGCCGAUAAAUCUAUGAACGACUGCCUGGGUAUUUGCAGAAAUACACCUGGAAGUUACAAUUGUUCUUGUCCACCCGGUAGCAAGGGGGACGGAAGAAGAUUUCCUUGUAAGAAAAAGCAAUUUCCGGUGGAUCAAGUCAUCAUAGAAUAUAUUCAUCUUGCAAUUGAUAAAACUCACUUAACAACUGUAGUCCAAGGAACCUUCGGAUAUCUUGACCCAGAAUACUUCCGGUCAUGUCGGUUUACAGAGAAGAGUGAUGUUUAUAGUUUUGGAGUGGUGCUUGUAGAGCUUCUAACCGGGGAGAAGCCUAUUUCUCCCAUCGGACCACAAGAAUGGAAAAACUUGGCCGCAUAUUUUGUUUCUUCAGUAGAGGAGAAUUGUCUAGACAAUAUUCUUGAUCCUCAAAUUGUAAGGGAGGAUAGAAAAGAAGAGAUACAAGUAGUUUCUGACCUUGCAAGGAGAUGCUUAAACCUAAAUGGAAAGAAAAGGCCAACAAUGAAAGAUGUUGCUUUGGGGCUAGAGGGACUAAGAAAGUCUGAAGGGCAGCCUUUAGCUCAACAAAAUGCUCAAGAUGAUCGGAGAUCCAUAUCAUAA